GUGUACAGCUGUGAAAUGUGUGGCGACUAUUUCCGUAGUAUUACGAGCUUGUCCAAUCAUAAAACUAAAUGUAGCAAGGGGAAGCAUAAAUGUCUCCGAUGCUGCAUGCAUUUCAGAAAUGCAAUAUUUCUCAACAACCACGAGUGCAAAAUUCCGCAAGUUUUUGCGAGAAAAUCCGCGCCCAGUGCAGUGGAUAGUGACAUUGAACAAAAUAGCGGCAUUGAGCAGAAAUGGGACAUUUCUCAGAAAAGUGUUUCAAGUGAAAAAGGUGAAAAUGAAAGAGAUGAAUGUAAAGACAAUGGAUUCCAGUGCACCAAGUGUAACUACAGGUUUAUGUCGAAUUCGAGCUUGCAGUCGCAUCUUCAAAUCUGUCUUGGAAACAAUUAUAUAAAUGAAGAAAGGACUGAAUCUGAACUUGCAUCAACCACAAAGUUAAGAACAUCAUUUGAUUCCAGCAGUUUACCCAUCACAGAUACGCCUUCUACUCCUUUCACCCAGGUUAACCCAGCCACGCCCACCAAGAGCUUCACCUCGGUGUUCUCCCGAACCAGCAGCACGGAGAGUAGGGAGGGGGAGGGCGAGGGAGGGGGAGGAGAAGGAAGAGAAGUAGGAGAAGGAGGAGAGGGGAAGGAUUUAACUCCCAGAAAAUCCUGGUUGAAAAAACAUCUUGAUAGUGUUAAUCCAGACGUUCAUGACAGCCAACAGAAAUACCAACCUCUUCAACAGCGGUUGGUUGAGCCUAGGCAACAACAUUCACAGCUGUUGCUUGAGCCAAGACAGCAGCAAUCACAGCUGUUGCUUGAGCAAAGACAGCAGCAACCACAACUGUCGCUUGAGCCAAGACAACCGCAAUCACAGCUGUCGCUUGAGCCAAGACAACAGCAAUCACAGCUGUCGCUUGAGCCAAGACAACAGCAACAGUUGUUACUGGAUUCUAGAAAACAGAUGAAACCGGUUUACAUCAUUCCACAGGAACCGGAGGAACGGCCGGACGGAUUCUCUUCGGCCAACCCUUCUUCAUCGUCAGAGGACGAGGACUCUCCCAAGAAAGUGAAGAAAUCUCCUAAACCUCGAGGUCGACCUCCCCUCCGACUCUCUGAGUCCCAUGAUGACCGGUCAGGGAAACAGGCCGGAGUCAAGUCAGGACCCAACUCUCCGGAGCUGGAUAAUCCAGAGUUAUUCUCCGGAAUAUCCUCCGGUCUCAAGAAAAGAAGAGGACGUCCUCCCGGCUCUAAAAACAAACCUAAGAACAUGAAAACCCCGGAUGGUAAGAAGAAGACGAAUGUCAUGAAAUUACCGAAUACUCCGAGUAAGACGGAACCUUGUCUACUCCUUACUCCCUCUCCACCCAACCAUACUCCAGGUCAAGCCUCCUCAGCUCUAAACUACAUCCUCGAGCAGGAUAAACCCGGGCUCAGCUACGGAUUGGCUCAGCUGGGUUCAAGAUUGGAUGAUCUCACGAGGACAAGUAAUCAACCUCGACGACUGAGCGAAUCCUCGGAGUCUGGCGUGGAAGAUAAUCGAAGAUUGAUUUCUCCGGAGGAUGGUCGGAGGCUGAAAUCUCCGGAGAUUCUAGUCUGUUCUUCAAAGCCUUCAAUCUCUGGAUAUGAAAACGAGUUCUUGAAGCAUAUGAAUCAACAGACUAGUAUGCAUGAAGGGGUUGAGAUACUCGAUGAUGAUCUGGGAGAUAUUGCAGAAACUGUAGAGAUCUCUGGAGAUGCACCUGAACCUAUCCUAGAGAGGGUUCAAGAGUCGGAGGUGAAAGAUGUAUUUGCAUUUACUGAUGAUGAGAAGUACGUAUCUCAGGGGCUGACGGAGGACAAGUUUAGUCCUCCUAGGCAUAGAGAGGACAGCCUAGACUCAAUCUGUCCUAGGAAUGGGUUCCAAGACAGACGGCGGGACAGUCAAGAUUCCAUAGAAUCAACAUUUUCAAGUCAGGGUUCUAUUCUCUCACGUCGGGAUAGUUUUGAUUAUCCACAAACUAUCCUUUCAAGGCGAAAUAGCAGAGACUCUACAACCUCGUUGGUUUCUCUCCUAUCUGAGGGAAAGAAAGAUUUAGCUGAUUCUCGUCCUGUCUCUAUGCUGUCAAGUAAACCUGAGAGUCAAGUGUCUUCUGUACGAUCAAGGAAUACCAGUGUAGGAUCCGUUGUAUCUCGUCGGAAUAGCGCUGUUUCCCACAAAUCAGGAGCUAGUGUGCUGUCUCAAGUUUCCAAGAAAUCCUUUGAUAAAUCUAGAAGGGAUAGUUGUGAUUCAACUAGCAGAUCAACAUCAAGAAGAUCAAGGAAGGAUAGUUUGAGAUCUCACGAGGAUCGUUCUCCAUCUGUAAGAUCACAUAGAACAACUGAUUCCAGGCGAAAUAGUUCAGCCUCUCCCAGAUCAAGGAGUUCGUCCUGUGUAUCCCGCUCCUCUUCAAUUGGACCCUCUAGAUCAGUUUCUUAUUCUUCACGUAAAGAUGUCUCCUGCUCUUCGCUGAACACUCCCGACUCUCCGACUAGAAGUAACUCCUUAAGUAAUGCUACUAGUCGGGUAAGUAGUCCUGAACCUUGUUCUCCCCCCAACCCCCCUCUUCCCAUCCCGAAACUACGAAUUCCCAGAGCACUGAUUCAACCUUUGAACAAGGAUUCCUGCUAUAAACGUGUUGAGAUCAGAGAAGGACGGAGAAACUCAAAUUCCAAAUCUAGAACUAGCAAUAUAAUUGCACAACAGCUUCGCAGUCUAAACUGCAGGGUAGACUUAGAGAAAUUGAACUUAAGGGUGUUAGAAAGGUCUCCGAAGAAAAGUUCUAAAAAUUCUGUGAAAAUUCAUCAAGCUGACCUCUCAAUGCUCAAAACUGGGAAAGUAAAAUCCACGAAAUUGUCACGUAAAUUACGCAAGGUUUCAACUGAAUUAAAGGAAAGACCUCCAAUUGCUCCAAUAAAGAUUCGGUUAAAGAACAAUCGUGCAGAAACUGUUCAAAGUACAGGAAAGAGUCUCAUAUCAGUUUUAGCUGAGAUAAUCAAGGAUAAAACCCCUAGAACGGUUCCGGAGAAAACUUACAUUGAUUAUCCAAACUUCGAUGUAAAGCCAGUAGUGGGGAAAACAUCCGAGAUAGUGAUGAAAAAUAACAACCUUUCCAGUACGGUGUCUGCCAUAGCUACCCUCUUCAACACCAAACUAUGUCAGGAUAUUCUUCUUGAUUUACUUGAGACAAUUGUGGAGCCUAGAGAGUUAUCAAAUCAACUUAUUGACACAGUUCUUAAUGAUGUGAUUGUUAAUUCUGAAGUUAAGAUAAGUGAAAGGAUUCAAGAAGUCAAGGCUGAAUCUAAUGAGACCAGUGGAGUUGAGACUGAAAGUGUGAGGUGUAUUCAACCAGUCGAGGAAAUAGUUUCACAAAACCUGGAUUUAAAUAGUUCAAUUGAAGCGAUGUCAUCCCCUCUGCGCACUGAAACUAGUGUUACAAGUCAUGUUCUAGAUUUAUUGAACGGCUCAAAUAUGGACUCAGAAGAUCUCAAAGAUGAAAUGAAGAUUUUAGAAGCUGUACCUCCACCCAAAAUAAAAUCUUCAGAUAAUACAGAAACUAGUUUCAAAACUUCCUUAAGCGCCAGUUCAUGCAAACAAAAGAUCGUUGUCAAAAUUCCUAAGUUGCAUUUAAGUCUAACCAAAUUAAAUCAGGAACUGAAAACAUCAAAACCAAAACUUCCAUGUGUAAAAAUCAAGCCCAUCCCCCUACCCUCCUUAGAAGAAAUCGAGUCAAAUAAAAAAUUCAAGAUUAAGAUCAAGAAAAAGGUUGAUAAACUAACAGUUCGUCUGAAGGGAAAGAAAGCUGCUAAGAUUGUGAAAAACUCUAGAAUGUUCCAGAAGAAGCGAAUUCUCCCGGCUAGGAAGGCUUCUUUGCCCCAAUCCCAGGAAACUCCCGUGCCAGAAACCGCUAAAGUUUCUUGUGUAACAGUUCUGAAAAUGUCCGAAAUUGUUAAAAUGAAACCAAAAGUUCUGAGUAAACCAAUUUUAACCAACUUGUCCGUAGAAUCAAGGUUAGAUCUUGUUUCACAAAAAGCUGAAGAAAGUCAAGGAAAGAGUACACCCAAUCCUUGUGAGAAGCCUGUAGAAGUUAACACAAUUCAAUCUAUCCAAAUCCCUGAUUCUUCACAGACCCAGCUCAUCACACCUGAGAAGCAAAACGUUGAGGAGAUCCCUGAAUUGUUGGAUGAGUUUGCUAGUGAUGAAAUGGAAACUAGCACUAGGAAGGUUACUGUUAAAGAUCCCCUGGGACCAAACAAGCUUUCUCCCAACAAUUUUAAAACAAUGAUCAACGGAAUAAAACCUUUAAAGAACAGUACUGAGACAGAAAAUCAUGUGACACCUGUAACCAAGAAGAUCAGCAAUGCUGAAUUUGUCCCAGAGAAAAAGAAAACGAAGAAGAUACCUGAGAUAAAACUCUCAUCCGUGAAAAAGAAGAACAAGAAGAAAUCCGGUGAACAUAUUCCCAAGAAGGCCAAGGAAAAGAUAACCAAGGUUGAACCAAUACUGGAGAAGAAGAAGACUGUUGUAGAACUGAUCAUGGAGAAGAUACCUCCACCUCUUAUCCAAGCCGUACCUAGCGCUUUACCUUCUAAAGCGAGGAGAAACUCCAGUAGUCAACGGAAGGAGGGUUGGGUAACUAGUACCGGAUCCCAUCUGGUUGCUAAGAAAUCACUCCCGGAGGAGACGGUUACCUUCUCAAUACCUCCAGGGGGCUUCAAAGGAGAGCAGUCUGCAGAAAGUGUUCCAUGGUAUAAACGUGUUGAUGAACUAUUUCUCCAGUUUUAUCCUGGAUCAGUGCGGAGUCCUGAACCCGAGGUUCCAGCUCCAGUAUCUGCUGUUCUAGACUCUAUCAUGACUCGGGUACAUCAGAUAGCAGAGGAGAAACUAGAAAGAAGAAUAUCUCAAUGUAUAGGUGGUGGAAGAGCAAAUAGUAGGAUGGAUAAUCAGAGAUUAGUCUCAAGUAAGGGUAUUCAGGCUGUCAUAGAUUUAGCUAAAUAUGAGACAGGCGAUAAGGGAGAGUGUAUACUAAUGGAUCAAUUCUGGCUCACACCAGAUGAUUUCCUUCAGAAAACUGGAAACCGGAGUAAGAACCACAGAAGAAGUAUUAGUGUAGAGGGAGCAGAGUUAGGAGUUGCGCUAGAGAAAUGGAACAGUGAGUGUUCUGCUGAAACCCUAGAUAAUGAUCCAAUCCCUGAUGAUCUUAGUCCUAAAGCUAGCACUGAAGUAGAAAUUGGGAAGGAGGUUGACCUGAAAUCAGACAAAGGUCUUGAGACUGAUAAAUCCAGACCCAAAAAUACAGCUAUCGGGGAUAUAUGUUUGAAUGGAGGAUACUGGGAUGUGAUUGGAGUCCGAGGUGUUGUCCGAGAGACUCUGGAGAAACAGGAAACCCUUGAGAAGCAGGUUGAACCUUCUCCGCCUGCUCCCGAGAGUACAAGGAGACGGAAGCUGAGUAAAGCAGAUUCUAUAGAUAGUAAUUCCUCCGGUGGUUCAACCUCCUCUAGGAGUAGGAGGAAGGAUGGAAGAAAGAAAGACAUGGAGAAGAGUGUUGACGUGAAGAGAAGAAGAGUUUCUGGACCCUGUAUCAAACCUAAGAUUUGCGAAGAUAAACCCGUGUUAAUGAUCCAGGAUCUAAUCAAAACUGAAGCUUCUGAUCAGUCACAGAGCCCAGAACUAGAUUUAGACAAGAUACCUGAGCUGGAUUUAGACAAGAUUCCUGAGCUGGAUUUAGACAAGAUUCCUCAGCUGGAUUUAGACACCAUGAAAACACAACCUGGUAAACCUUCUGUUUCUCCAGAUAUAUCCACUAAACUUGAAACUGAGGAUAGUAAUAUAAAGAAGAAAGAAUUAGUUACGGAGACAUUAUCUAAGAGUCAUGAUUUAAACCAAGAAAAUGUUUUUACCUCCUGUGCCCAUCAAUCAUACCUAGUCAAGAAGGAAGAUAUUGAAAGUAUGAAAGUUAAUGCAGAAGAAGUUGGAAAAUUGGAAUCCCGUGAAAAAGAAGAAAAAGAUACGAAAUUGGAUUCUGUUGACAAAGCAGAAGAAGAAAAGAAAUUUGAAUCCCGAUGUUGGAAGCCAUGUUCCCCUGUUGUAGAGGACGAAAUUGAUACCAGCAAACUAGCCUCUAAACAGGCCACAAAUCAAGGUACAGGUAAAACCAGUGAUAAGGGUUCAAACAAAGGUCUAGGUUCAGGAGUAAAAGAUGAAAACCAAGAGCUGGGUGAAUUUAAAUCUGAACCUUGCAAGGACGUAAGCCUUGAGCCCGUGUCCUUGCUAGAUGUCGGAGAAAGCCUCAACCUAUCCCUGGAUACUGAGGAUGGUUGGAAUGGAUUAAGUAUCAAGGAUGAGAUCACAGACUUGGAGGAUAAUACUGAUAUAUGGGCGAGCACUAUGGAUAUAUUUAAAUCUAUGGAAGAAAACAUGAAAUCCAAUUCAAUUCCUCAACCUCAACCCAUUCCAGCCACAGCCCAGAUAAAACCUGAGAAACACAGAACUGUUAAACCUGAAGGCGAUAGAUCCAGCUCCAGGUCUGAGAUAAAGUCUGAAACUAGUCGAAAGAGAACCUGGAGAAUAGGUUCCGAGGAUACCCCUGGGAACCCAGAUAGUGGAAAGGAGAACACGGAUCUGGAGAACCUUAGUUCUGGAUCUAGAACCUCGUCUCCGUCCACGAAGAAGAGAAAAUCCCAUCCUUUUACUUCCCACUCCUCCUACCCCUCCGGUUCAACCGAUAAACCUUCUGAUAAGCGCAGUCGUUCUAAAACAGACUUCGUUUCUGAAACAAGAAAGUUCUCGGAGUCGCUACCGGAGCGGAAAGAAAAAAUAAAACUUAUCGAACCUUCAACAAAUGAUCCUGAGAGAAAGGAUGUGGAGACGAAAUCCAAGCAUGGAAGAGCAAGAGCUCCCAAGCUAAACCCUAUCAAGGAGAGUGUAUCGAGUAAAGCUAGAUCUAAAUCUAUCUCCAACCCAACUCCUCCGUCCAAAAUAUCGUCCAAGCAAGAUAAACUCGCUAAGUUCCUGGAUAGAGAAUAUGAACGGGAACUAAAUAAAGGGAAACCUUGCAAAAAGUAAGCGUGAACAUUUACUGCAAGUGUUUGUGCCUUUCUUCUUGAAAAAUAAUUUGUUGUGCCUUCAUUCACGUGUAUCCAAUAACUUGUGAUUUGUUUCAUAAUCAUUUAAUUUGAGUCCUUGAACCGUACCUGCUCUUUUUAAUAAAUGUACGUCCGAGCUUGUUUUUAUCCUAAGGACUACAGAGUACAGAUUAGUGUCUAGUUGUAAAGACUGAAUAUGUGGUUCACCAUAAAAAUAUUUGCGCAAUUUUUUCUGCUACCAUAUUUUUAAUUGUCUGUUUAUUAUAGAACGAUGUUAGCUCAGUGCAGUCCUGUAGCUUGAGUUUAACUUUAUAUGUAAUUUGUUCUCAAAUAAAAUUGCAUUAGUACAUUUGUUAAUUUAUAAUCUUUGAUAUAAUAUAAGUGAAUGAAAUUCGA